AUGGGGUUGCACGCCAUCAUUUUACUCUGUGCUGUUGUGGCAGGAGCUUCAGGGAAAUCCUCAGAGAGUUUAAGUUAUGGAGCAUCUUGCUUUGCAGAGUGUGUAGGACACAGUGCAUGGUACUUCCCCAAAAGAGCUAGAUACAGCUACAGGUAUUCAGCAGUCACCAGCACAUUCCUGCAGGGAAGUAUUCACAAAAGAAGUGGCAUCUCUCUGGAGAGCACAGUGAUCAUCGAGGUAUUGGGGAAUUGCCAGAUGGUUUUGAAAGUGCAAGAUGUGCAGAUUAAGAAAAGUUUUGCAUCCAGAGAGGAGCCUCUGAAGGAAAUGGACAGUCUAAGGGGAAUACUAGAACAGCAUCCUCUUCAUUUUUCUUUCCAUGAUGGGAAAGUUCUGAAGCUCUGCCCUGUGAGGAGUGAGCAGCCCUGGGCACUGAACAUAAAACGAGGCAUUCUCAGUGUCCUGCAGACAGCGCAAGCACCCGCUGCCGGUGCCGUUGUUGAGGAGGUGGACGUUCUGGGAAUAUGCCCAACCAAGUACCAGCGAAAGGGUCCUGUUCUUGUAAAGACAAGGGACUUAAACCUCUGCUCCCAUCGAUAUUCUGGUUUUACUUCUGUGCAGUCUGUUGUUCUUCCUCAUGUGUCGUCUGAGCAACAGGUCCUGUCUUCCAAACUGGAAUGUGUUCAGAGCAUUAAGGAUGGAGUCCUGGCAGAGGCCAGAUGCACCGAGUCCGACCGUGUGACGCUGUUCCCUCAGAAGGGUGUGGACUAUGAGGAUCUGUACGUGACCAGCAUUCUCUAUGAAAGGGAAGAAAUGGAGAGGCAGGUCAAAGGAAGGGAAGUGACUGAACUGGUGUGGAAACUUUGCUUAGCACACAGUGCGAGUUAUGAGACUGCAGGCCUUUUCAUGACCCUCGUGUUUGAGCUCCGACAUCUCUCUCUUGAGGCCUUAAGAGCACUAUGGCAAAGAUCUUCAUUUAAGUGCAGAGACAACUGGCAACCAUUAAUAGAUGCUCUCCCAUCUUGUGCUACAGAGGCAUGUGUUGUCCUAAUGAAAGAACUUGUGGCUUCUGGAGAAGUCGAGGAAGACAAAGUAGAACAUUUCUUCUGGUCAUUUGCAUUCAUUCCUAAGCCCACCUCGGGCAUGAUUGAAUCUCUCGCUCCUUUGCUGGAGUCACCCAGAGCAAGCCAGAGCUGCUUCUUGGGAGUAACUGCUCUCCUACACAGGUUUUGCUCAGCUCACAGCUCCUGUGAUGAUGUACCUGCUGUGCAGGGUGUGCUGAGGAUUCUUGGGAAAUUUUUGGGAGGAAACUGCACUGUGCAAGAUUCAGAACAUCUCAGUGAGAUGCAGCUGGUGUUAAAAGCCGUCGGAAACGCGGGACUGGCAGCGGCUUCGCUGGCUCCUGUUCUGAGCUCCUGUGCUUCCCUGAGCAGUAAUCCCGUGGAAAUCCGCCUAGCUGCUAUCCAGGCCUUCAGGCGCAUUCCCUGCUCUGUCAGGAAUGAUAUUUUAGUUCAGUUGUAUCAAGCAACCAGCGAAGAUGUGGAAAUAAGAAUUGCUGCUUAUUAUAUGGCAAUGAAAUGUCCACAUGAAGAGUUAUUUAAACAAGUACAAAAGACUUUGCUGAAAGAAACAUCCAGCCAAGUGGGCUCCUUUGUUUGGAGUCACCUCUCUCAGAUCCUGGAGACAGAUGAUCCACUGAAGGAGCACCUUCGAGAUUCUAUUCCUGAUGAAAUCCUUAGCAGAGAUUUUGAAAGGGAGACAUGGAAAUACUCCUCAUAUUCUGAUGUCACGUUUCACUCAGCUGGUGCAGGUGCAAAUGUGGAAGCAUCAGUGGUGUUUUCUCCUGCAUCUUUUCUACCACGCUCAGUCAUGACAAAUCUGACCGUUCACCUCAUGGGACAGGCUGUAAAUCUACUGGAGGUUGGUGUACGAUUGGAGAAUGCUGAAAGUCUGGUACAGAAGGUUUGGGGGCAGAAAUCUGCUUCUUUCAGUGACUAUUUUUUUGGAACCACUAAUGAAAGAAACCACAAAUCAGAAAACCCAGUGGAAACAGCAGAGAAAGUCAAGCAGAGGAAGCUGAAUUUGAAGCGAUACAGCCCUGCUGAUCACCUCGUGACCAAGAGUGGGAGGCCAAAGCUGAGAAAAACAAACCAGAAUUGUCUUGGUAGAAAGUACAGUAAAAUGAGUGAGUUAGUCAAAAAGUUCACUGAGAGAACGGUGAGAAAGGAGACACUGAAAUGUGAGCUAAGCAUGAAGAUCUUUGGAAAUGAACUUACCUUCUUAGAUUGUGAAGAUUUAAGAAAACAAAUGAAACAUUAUUCCUUAAAUCUGGCUGAGCUGGCUGUCAAACUUCUGAAGGGUCAGGAGGUCCAGUUUAAUAAAAGGAUGAGUUUGGCCACUGAAGAAUUGCAGUUUCCAGCAAUUUCAGGCUUUCCUGUUCAGCUGGCAGUCAAUGCCUCGGCAGCAAUCAACAUAAAAAUCAAAGGGAAUGCGGAUUUCAAACAACACUCAAACUUCUUUCUGAAUGGGUAUAUCAAACCAAGUGCAUUUGUUCAGCUUUCUGUGCACAUGGGAACUGUGGGGACUGUGGGACAAGCUGGCCUAGGCUGGUUAACAGGAAUGAGGACAUCUACUAGUCUUGAUGGGGGAAUCCAGGUGAAAAAAGGGCAAGAGCUCAAAGUUUUCUUGAACACUCCAGAAGAAUCUAUGGAGAUAAUUAAUUUCAGCUCUAAACUCUACUUCAGAGGGGUGGAUGAGACAGAAGAAAGAGAUGUUUUCCAAGACCACACAGACACCCGAUCCUGCACCAGGGAGGAAGUGUCAGAGAUUCUUGGCUGGCAGCUCUGUUCUGAAAUGUCAUACCCUGCCCUAGCCAGUGGUUUGGUUUUCCCCCUCGCUGGACCUUCCAGAGUGGCUGUCAUAUUAACAAAGAAAGACAGAGGCCUGCAGCAGUAUGUUGUGGAAGCUGCAUAUAACUAUAUCCCUCAGGAGAAUUCAUGGAUCCCAAAUGAAGCUGUCUUUCGCUUCUUCAUUGGGACUCCAAAGUCAGACUUGAAAAGGGAUGUUGGUGUUGAUCUCAGUUUUAGUGUCCCACAGAAGAAACUCAGAAUCCAGUUUAUACAACCAAAGAGAAAAAUCGAGAUUGACGGUAAGAUUGAGUUUUCUAAAAAUUCACAAAUUGGACACCUGGAGCUGAUAGUGGAUGACCGAGAUGUGUAUUACAUUAAGGGAAUGACAGAUUUGCAGGUGCUGAGUGGAGAGCAGAGAUACAUGACCCAGCUGGAGGUAAAGCUGAUAAAGCAAAGCAGUCCUGUCAUUCUGUCAGGAAACAUCACUAAACAGCUUGGCAAGAAGAUAGCUUUCUCAGUAUCCCUGAAUAAUUUAUUGAAGGAUGCUGCAUUUCUUUCAGCACUUCUGGAGAAAAAGGUGGAUGAUAAGCUGAGACAAUACUCUUUGGAAGGGGAGACCUGCCUUCCAGGCGUUCUUGGAGCUCACGUCAUUGCUCUUCUCCAGCAACAUGAGGGCCUGUGGUCUCACAGUUUGAGGAUUAAGUAUGGGAUCCUAGGAGAGGCAAAAAAUCCUCGUCAUGAAUGCAGUAUGAGGCAAAAUAUUAAAGUGGAGACAGGUCCACAUGGAGUGUACAAAGUGGAUAUUGGGCACGAAUUUCACUGUGUGCAGACUCCAACCUACAAUCACAAGGUUCACCUGAAGCAUGAAGCGAGUGCAUCUUGGCUUUCCUCCCAAAUGGAAGUGAAUUAUGGGAAACACUGGGAUGAAAAAAACAACAAGAAGAAACUGCUGAUCAGCCAAGCAUUUAAGAACAGUUCCAGUCCAUCUGUAGUCAGCUAUUUCAUGGAGUUUGCCCUGCAAGUCCUGGAAAAGCAGGUGAAUUACAGAACCCAGCUGCAGCACUUGCACACCUCUAAGGUGUAUUUGCAGAGCAGCACCAACUUUGAGGUGCAGUACAAUGACCACAUGCCAUUUGUGGCUGGGCUGCAGUGGAAGGACGCAUCCAGAAAUGGCCUGAAGAAGUGGGAAGGUGGGUUAAAUCUAGACACCCCAUGGCUGUAUCUGUAUGCAGCUCACAAACUACAUCAGCCUCAGAGUUCUGCUUAUUUACUGACCACCGAGCUGACAACUGGAAAAGCUCUCUCCAUUAAGAAUCUCGUAGUGGAACUGUUCUAUAAAGAUCAAGGCAAUGAAAAGGAAGGCAAAGUUCACAUUUACACACCAGCUACCACAUACCUGCAGGCAUCCACAUUUAAUCGUCUCGGGAGGAAUGUUCUGCAUAGCUAUGGUGAAAUGAUCUCUCUGUGGAAUCAGCUUGUGAAGAAUGAGAUUCAUUUGGAGAAUAAUGAACGAGCCAAACUUCUCUGCUUUAAGAUAACAAGUACAAAACAGGAAUUUAACUUCACAGCCAGCUAUCAGAAUCUGCCAACGUUGGAAGGUCAGAUAGAGGAGCUGAAGAAGGAGAAGAUGCUCUAUCAGAAACGUGGAAUCCUCCAUUUCAGGCAUCCUUUUAAAGUGCCCUUUCUGCAGAGCUUCCUUCUGCAGGAGACUUUUACUGUUGACAAAAAGCAAAAGCACUAUUUCAUGGAGACAAAGGUUUUGAUAAAUGGGGUUGAGGAAACAGUUCAAACUCUUAUACUUGGUUACCAACCUGAAAAUCCCUAUAUUUGUGCUGGCCUAACUCAUCCUUAUAACCACAAGUUGUUCCCCAAAGAUGUUGAAAUAUGCAUUUUAACUCUAAGUCAUCAAAAUGUGAAGAAUGAAUUUGAGACUAUCUUGAAGGUGAAUAAAGAAGAUGUCCUCAGCUUCCUAGGGAGGUAUCAGAACAAAUCCAGUGAGGCUGAUUUUAGACAUCUUUUGCACAUGGAUAUGACACAGUCAUUCCAGCUUGAGUUUCCACAGGCAGUGGGCCUCAGUGGGGAGCUGUUUUCCAGGCAGAGCAAACUGGAACACUUUGACUGUGGUGUGAGUGUAAAAGCCAUCAUCAACAAGAACGUGUCUUCACAGGCCCAGGCAGCCCUGAGGAGUUAUGGUGAGAGCAACUUCAAUGGCUCUCUUCACCUUCACUCCAGUGGAAGGGACAUGCUGAUGCUGGAGCUCGAUGUGAACAAUGAAAACAGGAAGAAUGGCAGAGCUGUUGCACUGAGGGCUUUUCUCCAUCAGACAAUCCUGACAAACCCAGAAUCGAUUCAGCUGCAGCUCAUUGGCAAAAUGUUUCCAUCAAGACUUCUGUUAUCUUCUGAGUUGAAGCUUAAUGAAAAUAGGCUUCACGUGGAUUUCAUGGGAGCCAGGGAACAAAAAGCUGGUUUGGUUUUGUCCCUAAAUGGAAGAGUCCAACAUACAUUUGCUGGAUUAAAGGCCAUACCUCACCUUCUUUCUCUGAAUGGAUUACUGAAGUGCAAAAACAACAUUCAUGAUGGUAAUAUCAAUGUGAUGGUCAACAAAACGCUGUAUGGACUCCAUCUCAGGAACAGGAAUGUGUUUGGGAAUGUCACUGUACACAACAUCACUGUUGCCAUGUUUCAGAAUGGCAGUCUGGCAAUCCCAGUGGAGGCAAGACUGAAAGGGCACCUGGAGCUGAGUAAAGAGAUGAAGAGGGGGCUAGCCAGCUUCCAGGUGGAUGAGAAGGCUCUUUCUGUGGAUUUUUUCAAUAUCAUGAGUCAUGGGCACAGCAGAGUCAGUGGGACUUUCACACAUAACAUCGACUUCUUAAAAAAUGCAGGAUUGCCAUGGGAUGGCAUUCUUACUGCCAGGUGUGAGCGUGGCACAGGAAAUCACACUGUUGCUGUAGCCCUGCAGAGUGGCAGGGAAGGGAUUACUGUUGAGUUUGGAGGGCACAGACUGGCCACAGAACCUCCUAAAUCCCAGCUCUCUGUGAGCUUAAAGCACAACAUCUCAAAGAUAAAGGAACAAGGGAUCCCUUUUAUUGUAGAGGCUGCUGGCUAUUAUGAGAAUUUCACCACAAAGAUUGCUGCAGGGAUAACAACCACAGUGGAGAAGGAACAGCUCAAAAUUGAAAUAGAGAAGGAAAUCACUGGCAGUGCUGUGGAAAUUUCUCUCUCGCUUCACCAUGAUGUGGGAGCACUGAUGGACAUUGUUCCACGUGUACUAGAGACUCCAGCAAGAGUUUCACUGAAUGGGUCAAUGUUUACCAGCAACUUUACUGUCAUCUUCUUUGGACAUGUUUCCUUUCAUGACACAUUUGCCUGCCUGCAGCUCCAGGGCACUGCCAACAUCCAGCCUCAUCUGGAAAUCCAUUUCCAGCAUUCUUUGCCUUCACUUCAUUCUCUGGGGAUUGCCAGAGAGAACCAAGUGAAGGUGUCAGCCCUGAGAAGUGACAAGUAUAAGGGCAUCCUUGGUGUUGUCCUUGGGCCUUGCAGUCUGAAAGCUGAUGGAGAAGUGACCCUGGCAAGCAAUGAAACCCAGUGGGUACUUACUGUCAGGAACAAGUGUGUCAGUCUGGAGGAGGUGGGAUUGCCUCGUGCAGUGGUCUUUGGGGGCUCAUUUCAACAGAACAUCUGCAACGUGGGCUUGUUAAUGAACCUCCAGUGUGAUGGCAGAACAGUUGAUGUGCAGAUAGACACUUCCUGCCAACACGAAUACACACUCCAAGGGAUGCUCAGGCACUCACUUCCCUGGCUCAGUCAGCUUGGGCUCCCUUUGGAAAACUCUGUCUUGUUCUCUGCAGCCACAGACUCCGCCACAGAGGGCAUUUUGUUGCUGCAGGCUGGCAGAUGCAGACUCAAGGCUAGAGGAGAUCUCUGUAUUCAGGAUAAAGCUGAAUGGACACUGGAAACAGAAUCAGAAUGUCAACUUCUGCAGGAUCUCAGUUUCCCAACUCAGUCACGGCUCACAGGAUCCAUUCAGAAAGACAAGUGCCAAGCAGAGCUUCUCUCAGUCCUGGAAACAGGAGGCAAAACUGCCCGUCUUGAAGUGAGAGCAGAGUGCAAGCCAAAGAUUACUCUGGAAAUUCAGUUCAGGCAUGACCUCCCCCAGCUGAAGGAAAUCCCAAGGGAAAAUGAGCUGUCCAUCACUGCACGGAAACAGCUGAAAUAUUUUCUUGGAAUAGGAAUGAAAGUGGGUGCUUGUGAGCUUCAAAUGAAUGGGGACUUUGACCCUGAAAAGAAGCUUCAGUGGAAAAUGCUUAUAGAGAAUAAAUGCCAAACAAUUCAGGAUCUUGGAGCACCAGUGAAAAUUGAUGGGUCAGGCUACAUUUUGACGGAUAAAAUGAACCUGGAUUCACAAACAUUGAUCACUGUUGAUGAAAGUAAAUUCCAAGGACUCCUGAUACUCAAAGUCACUGAUGAAAGGCAAGAGCUGGAUGCAGUGCUAACCCACAACAUUCCAGGAGCUGCUGACAUUGGCAUUCCUAUGAAGAUGUUAAUUGAUGUGAUAUCAGAAAAAACCAGUGACUUCUAUAAAAGAUUUAUUCAUUUCUGUGUGAACAGCAAGCAAAUUACAGAAGAACUGAACUUUGUCCAGAAGUUGGAUGUUGUGUCUCUUAACUACAAACUCACUCAUAACUUAGAGGUGCUGAAGACUUUGCAAAUAAAAGACAGGAUUGAGCUGCAGGCUGUCUUGAACCUGGAAGUCACCAAGAGCUUUAGUAUGAAAGUGCUUUAUGGUACUCACCUAACAGUGCUUGAAGGACAAAUCCAGGAGUUUGAAACAAGUACCAACAUAACAGGGAAUUUCCAUCACACUUUGCCAUGGCUGCUGCAAGCCAGAGUCCCACCAUCUUUACAGGUAGAUGUGGUUUUUCAAGGGAGAAACACUACUCAAGAAAGAUAUGUACACAUUGCAGCUGGAGAAACAUCAAUCACAUACAUAAUAAACUCCUAUUAUGUUGGUCACCAAGUGGAUAUCUUCUGCCAAAGUGUACACAGCAGUGAGGUACUUCAGGCAGCUGGUUAUCCUAAGGCAAUCAACUUGAUUCUCAGCUUACAGGAAUCAGAAAACAAAGCCAAGACUGUCUGUGAAAUCCAAUAUGAUGAGAAAGAUAUAACUGUGACUGUGGAUGUUGGCACAGACUUUCAACUCUUCGGUGUAUUUGUGUUCAUGGCAGAGGUGAAGCAUUCCAUAUCACUUCUCCAUCAUCUGGGGCUUCCCUUCUUUCUUAAGGUGACAAUUCAGGAAGUCCUGACUGAAAAUGAAACUGCAGGAGCUCUGAGGCUGACCUAUGAACAAAACACAAACUUCUCCUUUGCCAUCAGUAGGAAAAAAGACCAGCAGGGUGAAGAGUUGAAUAUAAAAGCACUCCAGACUCAUCCCUUCUUUCUACAGUACUUCCCCAGUGCAGCAGAAGUGUCUUCUAAGUUAAAAAUGGUUCCAAGGCAGCUUGUGUUUAUGACUGUUUACCAAAAGGGCAACAGGACACGUAUGCUGAGGCACAUUGCUCUGUGGGAUGGCAAAGAGACAAAGGUAACAGGCACUUACACUGGACUCUUCCCAAAGUUGCCUGGAGGUCAUGACAUUCAGGGUACAGGGAAAUCUUACUUGGGUGUGUGUUUGAGGUCAGUAUGUGAGAGCUGUUUUAUUUCACAAGUUCCUUUUACAUCUGUUGCUAUGGAUCAGAUAUCAGUGUCAUCUUCUCUCAAGUUUGGAAGACACCGGACAAACUACAGAGCCACUGUUGCCCACCCAUUUAAUUACACCCUGAAGCAACUGGAGAUCCAUUCCCUGUCAGAAAGAAGGGGCAGAAAGUACAACCAGCAGCUGCAGCUGGCAGGGAAUGCUGGGCAGCCUGCUGACAUCCGACUGUCCCUGGAGGAUAAAUCCAAGGUGGACAUCACUGCCUGGGUGGGCUGUGUGACACUCUCUGCAGGCCAGCUUCAGAGAAUAUUAAGUAUGGAACACCUGCAUGCAUGUGGGUCUCUAGAGCAAAAAUCAACACUGUUUAAUGAAUAUCUAGAUCUGAACUGGGAUGACAAAAAAAUCAAACACAAUUUAACAUAUGAGAGAAAUCAAUUCUUGUAUCCUGAUAAAUUCCAGUUAGAAGCUGUCCUAGAAAAUAUUUUCCUGACCCCAUGCACCAAACAGAAGAUUCUGGGUAAAAUAGAAACAAACUACUGCUCUUCCCUGGAUCAUUAUACAAGCUUUGAGCUCUGUGACCUUCAAAAUGUAAUUGUUUUAUCUGGAAAACACCAGCUCAACAAAGAUAACAUCAUUUUGCAGUCAGAGGGCAGAUUCCACCUUGGUGAUCACAGGACAGAUGGGGGGUUGAUUGGAGUAUCCAUAAAGAAUCAGAGCACUGCUGAUGUGAAGAACUAUUCUAUGGAAAUUGAUUUAAGAGCCUUUGAAGAUAUUUGGCUAGGCCUGGCAGGAACUGCUACUUCCUCAUCUCUCCAGAGCCAAAUCCUGGUGGAGGGGAAUAUUGAUCAGAAAGAGAAAGUAAAAGUGGCAGCUUCAAAAGGAAAGGAGUGCAUUCAGUACUACCUGGGGUAUCUGAAAGGGGAUUUGGAAGAAGGAAUGGAAGUCAGUGCUUGUUCUGAUGGGCAGGAGAUGGCUGCCAUUAACACCUAUCUCAGCAUCAAUGGAGAAAGGCAGGAAAACACGGGACAAGUGACUCUAGCAGCUGCUAAUGGAAGCUUGAGUUUUCUGGCUCAUGGAUGCGGGGAUCCAGUUCUUAAGGCUGAGUACAAGCUUAAUGAAAUUGGGAGUCUUUUGAAAACCAAACUGAUGGAAAAGAUAAAGAAGUUUGAUGGAUACAUGUGGAGAUUCAGGAGAUCAGUGCAGCAAGUUGGUUUCCUGUCUGAAGCAGCUGGCUGGCCUUCCACAGCCUUGCAGAAGGCAGCAGGAUUCCUGCUCAGCGGGGGCAGAGCUGUCGCCCAGGCGUGGAAGCAAAGUGGAAUCGGGCAGAUCCUGAGGAGCAAGGUCCCGCUUUACCUGGAUAAAGUUCAAGGCAUUGUCCAGCAAAUGCAGAACGAAUUACAAAAGCCACUAGCAACUUUGAAGGAUGCCUACUAUGACGUAACCUUGAAGCCACUGGAUGAGGUCUGGAAAGAGAAGACAGAAGAGUACAUGAAGAAAAUCCAGGCUUUUUUACCCAAUAUUGUAAAGGAUGCAUGGCUCAUGGAACCAAUCCAGCUGGCAUUAAAGGUUGUGAAAGCAGCCUUGGAUACGACCACACAGCAGAUGUUCAGGUGGGCAGAGGCCACAUUUUCCAGAGCUGUGAGGAAGAUCCGGAAGCCCUUGCUCAACCUGUACAGUUUUUCAGCCAGGAACUGUUCCGUGGCAAUAAAACUGCCAGUACUGCCCAAAGGAGACCACUCCCUACAGCUGGCAAAUGUUCCUACUUAUCUCGUUCGAGAGAAAAUAAUGAGGCCUCUGCAAGACCUCUACAAAAUCAACAUCCUUGCAGAGUAUUAUAGAUUCAAACGGAGGAUGGUGGAGAGUCCCUUUGAAUAUCAUGCUCUGUUAGUGGGGACCAAGCAUCUUGUGACUUUUGAUGGAAAAAUUUAUGAUUUGGCAUCAAAGUGCAGUGUACUUCUUGCCAAGGAUUUUGUCCACAAUGCUUUCACUAUAAUACUAAGUGAGGAAACCAGUAACUCAAGAUCACUGUAUGUGGAGAUGAACCAGACUGUGAUCAGUAUCCACCCAAGACUGAAGAUCUCCAAGAUGUUCUCCUUUACAGAAGAGAACUGCCAAGUACUGGAUAAAUCACUUGAAAAGAAUACCACUAAUUCAAGGAGAGAAACCAACAAAAUAGAAAUAUCUAAUCAGAAAGGAGUUUCUCUAUCCUGUGACUUUCAGUAUGAUCUCUGUACUGUCACUCUGGCUGGGUGGCACCACGGUAUCUCAGCUGGGCUUUUUGGUACCAAUGAUAAUGAAGCUGGGAAUGAAUGGAUGCUUCCUAAUGGUUCCUUCACUGACAAUGUGCAAGAGUUCACACAGAGCUGGCAGGUGAACAAGUGCAGUCUUGUACCGAAGAAAGAGAAGUCAUGUCCAAUUACAGGCAAGCAAAACAUCUGCAAAGUGUUUUUUGAAGAACCACAUUCACUUCUUAGGAACUGCUUCAAAGUUGUGGACCCCGAGCCCUUCUACACCAUGUGUACACAGGACACCUGUGAGUCCCCAGCCCCGGGGGCUGCCUGCAGCUCAGCAGCAGCUUUUGUUCAUCUGUGCAACCGGAAUUUUGUCCCUGUGGAAAUCCCUCCACAGUGGUGA